AUGGGUUCGUACCCCCAGCAGGCUGUGUACCCUCAGCAGAGCACUGCACCCGUAUACCCCCCUGCUAUGCAAAUGUCUCCUCAGGCCCCCCCUUACACAGACACACCACCUGCAUAUUCUGAGAUAUACCAGCCCAGAUAUGUGCUUCCAGCUCAGGUGCCUGGUCAGGUGCCUCAGAUGUCCUCUCACUACCCCGGUGCUCAGAUGUACAUGCCCAUGCAGCACCACAUGCAGGUGGGGCCGGUCAGCCAGAACGUCCCCAUGGCUUACUAUCCCAUGGGGGCCGUCUAUCCCCCCGGAUCAACGGUGAUGGUGGACAGUGGCUUUGAUGCGGGCGCUCGCUUCACAACCGGCAGCAGCGUUUCCAUCCCACCCCCACCUCCUGGACACCCCCCUAACGCAGCUCAACUGGCCGCCAUGCAGGGUGCCAAUGUCGUCAUGGCACAGCGCAAGAACAACUUCUUCCUGGGUGGAUCCAGUGGAGGUUACACCAUCUGGUAA